CUUGAACUUGACGUCCAUAUAAAUACUAAGCUUCUUUAUCUUUGGUCCAGUCAAGAACUGGUCGUGCAAAAAUAAGCAUCGGCCAUGAAACAUACUUAUUUAUUAUUGUUGUUGCUGUUAACCGUCAGUGUGGGAAGGUCAUUCAGUUAUGGACAUGGCGUAAAAGGAUCAAUUAAUAAGAGUUACAGUAGCUCAUCUGCGUCAGCAUCCUCCUCAGCUUUCAGUAGCUCCUAUUCAUCAGGACUUGCAGACUCAGAUGGUUCCAACAAUGCUUUAAAAGCUAGCAGUGGAGCUUUUUCUUCCGCCUUUGCCGGUUCCGGUACAGAUGGAGCCUCGGCUAAAGUAGGUUCCGGAGCUUUUGCCGGUACUGGAUCAGGAGCUCUCUCUGGUUCUGGAUCUUUUUCAGGAACAGGUUUAAACUCGCAAUCAGGUUCCUAUGCAGGCUCUGGAUCGGUAUCAGGAUCUGGGUCAUCUCAAGGAUUAGGUCAUUAUAGUGGAGAAAGCAAUAAGGCUUAUGGAGGUGAAACAGGCCCAGGGCACAUUCCAGUUGUUGCUGUUGGUUCGGGAGCAAUUUCAGGAUCUGGAUCAUAUAUAUCUGGUUCAGGACCUCAUAAUACAGGACCAGGUCACAUUCCAGUUGUUGCUGGUGGUUCGGGAACAACUUCAGGAUCUGGAUCAUAUAUAUCUGGGCAAGGACCUCAUAAUCUAGGACCAGGAUUGGUUCCAGCAACAGGAAGUUCACACACUGCUUCAGCAAAUGACAAGUUAAAUCCGCAAAUAUCUGAAACACCAUGCGGUGGAAAUGCAGGAUGUAGUAUUUCUGGUAGCCAACGUUACUCAGGAUCAGGAAUUAUUGUAGGAAUUGGAGCUCCUGGUCAAGAUUCAGAUAAAAUUUUACCAGCAAAUGGAGCCAAUAGUUAUGCAGGAGCAAGUGGUAACAAUAUCCGUGUGAACGAUUUUCAAAUUCCAGAAGAAUACUCGCCAAAAACUCAAUUUCCCGAUACACCAAAACAUCAAUUCCCAGGUCCACAAGGUAGUAUCUAUGAUUCCAAACCAGUUCCACAAGGUGGCGGCGUACAAAAAAUUCCUGAUAUACAGAAAAUUCCAGAACAACACACGUAUAUUCAAUCAGGAUCCAUCGAAAAUUCGUAUGCGAAUUCCAAUGCAGGCUCCUUUAAGCCAGGAAGCUGUAAAAGUUGUAAGGGGCCUUUUCCAGGACCCAAAGGCAAUAUAAAUGAUUACAAGCCAGCACCACAAGGCGGUCCACCUGCUUGGAUACCUGAACAACAGACUCAGCCGCCUUUAGUUAGACCACCUAUAGAUAUCAGUAAAUUUCCUGGAUCUCCAGGUAGUAUUUAUGAUAGUAAACCAGUUAAUCCAGGAGGUGGUAAAAUACCAGUCGGUAUUAUUCCAGUAGUUAUUGGUGGCCCUCAGUACAAUCAACGCCCUCAAAAUCAACCCUCAUAUAACCAAGGUCCUCACAAUCAACCUGCAUUUAACCAAGGUCCUCAUAAUCAACCCACUAAUCAAGGUCCUUACAAUCAACACACAUACAACCAAGGUCCUCAAAAUCAACCUACAUAUAACCAAGAAGCACCUCAACCAAAACCCGGCGCUAUAGCUGUAAGUGUUAUAGGAAAAUUACCAGGCCCUACUGGAAAUAUUCACAAUAGUGUUGAAGUUGGUAAACCUGUAAUUCAACAAGUUCCUGUUUCUAUCGUACCCGGUACAUAUGAUUUCCCAGGCCAACCAGGAAACAACAAUAACAAUAAACCUGUGAGUGGACAUGGAUGCAUUAAUGGUCAAUGCUUAAAUCAGCCUGAUUUUAGACCCGAACCAAAUAAUAAACCUGGCUAUCCAGACUGUACUCACGGUGAAUGUGACGAAUUUGGAGGUAGAUUAGGAUGCCAUGGUGAUGAUUGUUUUGGUCCUGGAAAGAAACCAUCUUAUGGACAUUCUGGAUCAGAUGAUAAAACGCAAAGUAAUAGUAACGCUCAACACCAAAAUGGAAAUAUUAAUUAUAAUUUCAAUCAACCUACACCAGGAAAUUAUAAACCUGAUUGUUCUAGAGGCCAAUGUAAUAUUAAUGGAGCUUACUAUCCUGAAAAAUCUCUUCCUGGUACACCAGGUAAAACUUGUUCUGGAUUUGAAUGUUUAGAUCAUGAAGGACCUCAAGUUAAUGUACCUGUAGUUGUUGUACCAGAGCCUGUUAAGCCAGAAAAGGUCGAUCACAAAAUUAGUCCUGAGCAUCCAAAACUAGAUUUCGACAUUGACCUUAGGCAAAAGCCCGACAAUUAUUAUAAUCCUAUUCAUAAAGAGCCUUCCGAUAAUAGCAAGCACACCAGUUCCAAUAGCAAUGCUAACGCACACAGUUCAAAUAAUCAAGAAAAAAUCAAUGUACAAAUUGACCAACAACCUGAUCAUAUUCCAAAUGACAUUCCCGUAGAAGCGGAUUAUCCAUCAACUCAACACCAUCCCAAAGAAUCUUCUACAUCUAAUCCUAAUCUUCAUGAAGAAAAACCAGGAGAAAGUAGAGAUUUCUUACUUCCAGGAAAUAAGCCGUAUCAUCGGCACCAUGUUAAACCUCACCGUCCAAGUCAUGAGAAGGAUCAUCCUAGACCCACUCAAGAUGAUCGUCCUAAAAAAAGCCACGAUGAUCAGCCUAAUCUCAAUCAUGAAAAUCAUCCUGAGGGAAGUCUCCCUCAACCAUUACCUGGCAGUACAUAUUAUAAAUGUACAGGGGAAUCUUGUGAACUUCCUAAACCAGGCGGUUCUCACCCAGAGGAGCCCGGCAAAACUUAUUACAGUUGUAGUGGUUCCUCCUGUCCAUUACCUCACGUUGCCCCAAAUCAACCUGAACCAAGUACGCCGGGAUGUCAUGGAAAUCAGUGCGGAGCUGGGGGUAAAGACAGGCUUUUUCCUUCACCAUUUGUGCCUCCCACAAGUAAUAAUGGGCCAUCAGUCUCGCCUGUAGUACUGCCAGUAUUAAUAGGUGUUCCACCUCAAGGAAAUCAAGAACUCCCAAGGCCGGGAAAUCAAGAUAGCACAUUUGGGGGAAAAUAUUCCGGAUCUGGAAGUGUGGCUAACGCAGGAGCCAAUUCAUUCAAAGAGACUGGAGACGAUAAUUUACCAGGUACUGGACAUCUCCCCUUAGACCACUCAUUAAACAAUCCAUAUAACAAGAAUAAUGGAUGUUCUUCAGGAACAUGCCAAUUACUUCCAGGCUUAAAUUCGCAAGGAUUUGUUUCUGGAAAUGUUGUUGUACAAAAAGCUGAUGGCCAACAAGUUCCUGUAAUUGAUGUCCAUAUUCCCAACAAUCAAGCUGGACACGGACAGCCUUGCAGUGGAAGCAAAUGUAGUUUACCAAAUCAACCUGGUUAUGGUGGACAAUAUAUCGGAGGGAAUGCAGGUAGUUAUUCUGGAUAUUCUGGAGUUCAGCCAUGUACCAAAGGUAACUGUCGUACAUCUAGUCAACCAGGAAAUGGAGGAGCGUAUUCUGGAGGUAUUUCUGGAGGUAUUUCUGGAUCCAAAUCUGAAAAUUCUGAUAGACCAUGUGGAAAUGGUAAUUGUGGACACGGAAUCAAUGCAGUUCAAUUUGGAGGUCAUUCCGGUGCACAGUCUGGGAGUUUUUCAGGUGCUUCCAAUUUUGGAGGAGUAAAAGGUGGUGCCCACAUUCCAAUAAACGGUGGUUCAUAUAGUGGAAGUGGAGCUUUCAGUGGCUCUAAUGCAGGUUCCUUCUCAUCCGCAAACAGUGGCAACGGACAAGAUGCUAAUUUUAAAGCCCUUAAAGAUAUAUUGUCAGAGAGUCUAAAAUACAGUGGACUUCAAGGAGAGGUUCCAGGAGCUUUUGGUGCUGGAUCUUUUGCUCACAGUGGAGCUUCCAGUCAUGGAUCUUCUUCAGCUUAUUCAGGUGCAUUUUCAAGUGCUGGAUCCUAUUAAUAAAUGUUUUUUUUUAAGAUGUGCUUAAGUGAAGUGCAUGGACGCUACUUAUACAAUGUGAUUUUAAUAUUAAGUGCCUCAAAGAAUGUGAUCUUUUUUUAUAUUUUAAUAAAUAUUUUGUCUAAUUU